AUGCUAGACUUGUCUGGAUACUCAACUUUAGUGAGGCUGACAUUUGACAAUCGUGGGAGGUUGAAGGAAAUAGAUAGCUCCGUUGGAAAGUCAAUGCACUUGCGUGAACUGAAUAUCACUGAUUGUGAGCUCAUUGAGCAUGUGCGUGAUGAAAUUGGAGUGCUAGCGAAGCCUGAGCACUUCUCUUUGCUUGGCUCCUACGGUGUGAGCAUACUCCCCACCUCUAUCAGCGGCUCGGCAUCAUUAAAGAAGCCAGACCUUUCAAUUACUCGAAUUGGAAGCCUACCGGAGUCCGUCGGAAAGCUACAGUGUUUGUCAGAUCUCUUCCUACAAUUCUCGCGAAUUGCUGAAAUUCCCGGUGCAAUUGAAGUAUCAAAUUCCAGUCAAUGGAAGUUACCGAAAGCCAUUGGACAGUUGGAGAAACUAGAGGAGCUUUAUCUUGGUCGUCGCAAGGAGUUGCAAGGCGAUAUCCCCGAUGAGGAAAUAGAUAGCUCCGUUGGAAAGUCGACGCACUUGCGUGAACUGAAUAUCCCUGAUUGUGAGCUCAUUGAGCAUGUGCAUGAUGAAAUUGGAGUGCUAGCGAAGCCUGAGCGCUUCUCUUUGCGUAGCUCCUACGGUUUGAGGAUACUCCCCACCUCUAUCGGUGACUCGGCAUCAUUAAAGAAGCCGCACCUUUCAACUACUCGAAUUGGCAGCCUACCGGAGUCCGUCGGAAAGCUACAGUGUUUGUCAGAUCUCUUCCUACAAUUCUCGGGAAUCGCUGAAAUGCCCGGUGCAAUUGAAGUCUCAAAUUCCAGUCAAUGGAAGUUACCCAAAGCCAUUGGACAGUUGGGGAAACUAGAGGAGCUUUAUCUUGGUCGUCGCAAGGAGUUGGAAGGCGAUAUCACCGAUGAGGGAGGACAUCUUUCCUCUCUAAGGGAAAUAGAUAGCUCCGUUGGAAAGUCGACGCACUUGCGUGAACUAAAUAUCCCCGAUUGUGAGCUCAUUCAGCAUGUGCAUGAUGAAAUUGGAGUGCUAGCGAAGCCUGAGCGCUUCUCUUUGCGUGGCUCCUACGGUGGGAGCAUACUCCCCACCUCUAUCGGCGACACGGCAUCAUUAAAGAAGCCUGACCUUUCAAUUACUCGAAUUGGUAGCCUACCGAAGUCCGUCGGAAAGCUACAGUGUUUGUCAAAUCUCUUCCUACAAUUCUCGGGAAUCACUGAAAUUCCCGGUGCAAUUGAAGUGUUAGUAAAGCUGCGACAUCUUCAUCUGGCGAGCGAUGAGAUUAAACAACCUCCAGACUUCAUUGCAUAA